AUGCCAGCUCAAUUGCAAGUUAACACAGAUUAUUUCACUUUAAACAACGGAAGCAAAAUCCCUGCUGUUGGCUUGGGUACUUGGCGAGCAACUGAUGGAGAUGAAGCUUACAGAGCCGUAUUAGCUGCUCUUAAAAAUGGAUACAAGCACAUUGACACUGCUGCAAUUUAUGGAAAUGAAGAAGAGGUUGGUAGGGCCAUCAAGGAUUCUGGUGUUCCAAGAGAAGAAUUGUUUGUUACUACUAAAUUGUGGAAUGCUGACCAUAAGAAUAUUGAAGAAGCAUUAGAGACUUCUUUAAAAAAAUUAGGUCUUGAAUAUGUUGACUUAUAUUUGAUCCAUUGGCCAGCCUCAAUUGACCCAUCUACCGAUAAACCAUACACUGAUUUUGAUUAUGUCGAUACUUAUAAAGCUUUACAAAAAAUUUAUAAGAAUACUAAGAAAAUCAGAGCAAUUGGUGUUUCUAAUUUCACCAAAAAGAAAUUGGAAAGAUUAUUGUCUUCAGAAGGUGUCGAUGUUGUCCCUGCCGCCAACCAAAUUGAAGCACAUCCAUUGUUGACUCAACCUGAAUUAUAUGACUAUUUGAAAGAAAAAGGUAUCGUCUUGGAAGCUUAUUCACCAUUGGGCUCUGCAAACUCUCCAUUGUUCAAGAAUGAAACCAUUGUUAAAAUUGCUGAAAAGAACGGUGUUGAGCCAGCACAAGUUUUAGUAUCUUGGGCCAUCCAAAGAAAGACAGUUGUUUUACCUAAAUCUGUCACCGAAUCAAGAGUUAUUUCUAACUUGAAAACCUUCACUUUGCCUUCAGAAGAUUUCGAAACUUUGAACAAAUUGUCGGAAAAAGAUGGUGUUGUUAGAACUUGUAGCCCUGCUUUCAACAACUUUGACGAUUAA